AUGUGGAGUCGCGUUCACUAUGUCAAUAUUUUUAGUAUGUUUGCCGGACAGAAAUUUAACGACAAGCGACCUGAAGUUUAUGAUUCCGACCAUUCGCUUGGUGAAGAACAUGAUGAACCGGGCACUUCAAAUUUUUACUUCUCCGAACUCAAUCUCCAAGAGCUCGACCUCGACGUGAUUCCGGAACGCUACGUGCAAGAGCAAGGCCUCUACACCCCGCUCAACUUCACCGCGCUCAACUUGUCGAAAAAUCGGUUAUUGUGUGCGCGGGAGAUUCGUGCCUUUAAAAAUGUCACUUUCCUCGAUCUGAGCAACAACCAACUCGUCGAGCUACCGAAAGAAAUUAGCGCGCUGACGUCGAUUCGGACGCUGAUCGCACGAAACAAUUUGUUGGAAGAGUUGCCGGGCACAAUGGCCGCAUUGGUCGAGAUGGAAUCGUUGAAUUUAGCUGGGAACCGUCUGACCGCAUUCCCCACCCCGUGCCUCAACAUGCCACGCCUUCGUCAGCUUCAGCUCGGCGCCAAUGAAAUUCCAGAAAUCCCACACGGUAUCGGGUCUCUAGUAAGUCUCGAAUUACUCUACCUCGGCGGCAACCGUCUCGUCGAGAUCCCGGCCACAAUCGGGCUGCUCGGUCUGCUGUCCAAUUUGAACCUGAGUGAUAAUUUGCUCGAAUCGCUGCCCAGCACCGUCGCCGAGCUGCAGGAGCUCGAGAUUUUGUCGCUGCACAAUAACCGAAUUCGGACCCUGCCCACCGGCAUCGUAAAGUUGCGCAACCUGGCACAGCUGACGCUUCGUGGGAACCCACUUGUUGCUCAAUUCGUCAGCAACUUUCAGCUGGAACCGCCAAAGCUGAAAGAGCUUGCCGGCCGCGCCCUGCAGCGCAAGCUUGAAAGGUGGCGACUUCGCGAGAUUUUGCCACGCGAACUGAUUGAAUACCUGAAGUCAGCCAACCAAUGUGUCAACCCAAAGUGCAAGGGCGUCUACUUUGAAGCCUGCGUCGAGCACGUAAAGUUUGUGGACUUUUGCGGAAAGUAUCGCGUGCCAUUGCUGGAGUUCCUGUGCUCGCCCCGUUGUUCGAGCUCUGCACCGGCGUGCGUAACGAGUUCAUCAGACACUGAAGAUGAGGGGGAAGAGCGCGAAAAGAUGAUGCGAAAAGUGCUGCUCGGA